UCCUGCCCCCAAUUCCAAUUGCGUCCACCACUCCGAAACAAGAAGCAGAGCACACGCCACCGCACCGCGCUUCAGCCGUUCUUGCGGCGGCGGCGGCUGCAAGAAUCCGCAAGAAUGGGCGUCGUGGAGUGGACGCGGGGUCCGACGAUCGGCAGGGGCUCCUCCGCCACUGUGUCGCUCGCCGUCGAUCGCCUGACGGGCGAAUUGUUCGCUGUGAAGACCGUGGGCGCCGACCGGGCUGCCGAGCUGAAGAGGGAGCAGAGCAUCCUGUCCGGCCUGAGCUCCCCCUACGUCGUGCGCUGCCUUGGCUCGACAGUGUCCGCGUCCGAGGACGCGAGCGGCGCCUACGACAUGCUGAUGGAGUACGCGCCCGGCGGGUCGCUGGCCGACGAGAUCAGGCGCCGCGGCGGGCAGUGCGAGGAGGCCCUGAUCCAGUCCCGCGCGCGCGACAUCCUGCUGGGGCUGGCGCACGCGCACGACGCCGGGGUCGCGCACUGCGACGUCAAGAGCCGGAACGUGCUCAUCGGGGCAGACGGACGCGCCAUGAUCGCCGACUUCGGGUGCGCGCGGCGGACGACGGGCGGCGGCAUUGCGGGUGAGCACCGUGUGAUGGGCACGCCGGCGUUCAUGGCACCGGAGGCCGCGCGGGGCGAGGCGCAGGGCCCGGCCGCGGACAUCUGGGCGCUCGGCUGCACGAUCAUCGAGAUGGCCACCGGCGCCGCGCCGUGGCAGCGGUUCGCCAGCACCGUGGCGACGCUGCACCACGUCGCGUUCUCGGGCGAGGCGCCGGAGCUCCCGCGGUGGCUGUCAGAGGAAGGCAAAGACUUCUUGGGCAGGUGUUUGCUCCAGGACGCCGCAAAGCGGUGGACGGCGGAGCAGCUGCUCGAGCACGAGUUCGUGGCAGCAGCCGCUGUGUUGCCAUCCAGCUCCGUGCAGGGGAUCGCUGAGAAGGGGAUGUUCGUGUCCCCCAAGAGCGUCCUGGACCAGGCAUUGUGGGAGGACGACGAGGACACGACGGCGGACACCGCUACCGCCUGCCCCAUCGACAGAGUCCGCGGCCUGGCCGCCGGCGCGCCGGACUGGACCUGGGACGCGAGCUGGAUCACGGUCCAUUCCUCCGGCCCUACCGUCCACGGCGACGACGAGCGCGCAAUGUCGCCGGAGGCGGAUACCGACGGCGAUUCUCCCGUCGGCGGCAGCAGCAGCUCCGCCGGGCGUGUGGCUGACGCUGGGGCCUCGAACAGCCAGGCCUCAUCACAUGCCGAUGGCGAUCGUCACAAUGACACGAGCAGCUGUAAAUGUAAUGGGGAGCGGAGUGAUGAUGGUGAUCACGUGAUUAGUAGCGAUUGUACAGCCAUUCUUCCAAUCACAAGCAAUGGAUUCUUUUCGGAUAUGUUAUUGGUCACUGACUCGUGGGCCAUUGACCAGGUCAUCCGCCACGUUGCUUUUGACCGUGGUCAAAAUCGUGGACGUGGCCAGAGAGCUCCCUGCCGGCGGCCAGUGAAGGAUGGCGCCGACCCAGGAGUGCUCCCGCGGGUGCGUGUGCGUGAUUGUUCGAACCGGGUCACUGUGGAUACAGCUCGUCGAAAUACACCACCUGGCGAAAAUUUGGGUCAAAACGGUGCUCUGAGCAGUUCUUAUGAUCCCUCACAAGUUUCAGUCAGCCCCAGGUUCGGCGCCAGGUGCGCCAGUUUCUGCUCCGAGCGCUGCGUCACACGGUCCCGCCUCGAGCGCCUCGUCACGCGGUCCCGCCUCGUCUGCACGUACUCCGGCCUCUGGAUCCUCUGUGCCGCGCUCUUCCUCUCCUUCGGCAACACCACCAGCUGCUCGUGGCGCAGCAAAUCCUGCCGCAGCAUCUCCUGCCCCGACAGCGUCGGGACCUGCAGAUUCUUCGCCGCGCAGCAGCUCCACCGACUCCCCGGGAUCUUCCGCGCCCUCAGAUCGUGUGCCUCCGUCUGUGGCUUCUCCUCCUCCGCGCCCAAAUACACGCGCGUCUAA